AUGAACGCGGGCAGCUCAACGGUGGGUGGUCCCUCGCUCUCCUUUCAGCUUCUGCUGUACGGUUCUUCUGGGUGGAGCGGCAUCUGGUUUAUCCUGACGCUGGCGCUCCUCAUCUACAAGGGAACUCUGCUGCCGUUUCCUCCCGCUGCGUUGCCAAUGGAAAUUGUCUCAGCAUUUUUUCUCCUCGUUGUAGACAUUGCCGCACUAUCGCUUGGCACACGCGGGAAUCUUACGGAAGAAGUGGGUACCUCGUGCCUGGCCCUUGGCCUUCUGCUUGUGGCGGCGGUGGGGGCCGUCUAUUACAUGUGGCUGCAGACAUACGUCAUGAUGCUCGAUUUGGCUUUCUCUGCCAUACUCCUCGGCCUCAACAUAUUGACGGUGUUGGCCGGGGUCUACGCGUUGCAAGGGGUCGUGCGGGCGAAGCGCGGCCCGCGACAGAGAUUUGCAGCACCGCCGCGGUGCCCACCGAUUUCUCCGCGGGGUGAGAUGAAGCGGCGGAAGGGGGACUAG